UGGGAAUCUUGGACUGAAGACCAAACAUCGAGACUCGACUCGACGCCGCUUUUGUUUAUUCUUUUCGUGGGAUUUUGUCUGGGGCGCGACGGGCGCUUCCAACCAACGGCAUCAUGGUGAACAUUACAGAGAAGAUCAAGGAGAUUGAGGAUGAGAUGAAGAGGACUCAAAAAAACAAGGCUACUGAAUAUCAUCUGGGUCUAUUAAAAGGAAAACUUGCUCGACUACGAGCACAGCUUCUAGAGCCUGGUCCAGGAUCGGGAGGUGGCGCCGGUGCAGGUUUCGACGUUAGUAAAAGUGGCGAUGCUCGAAUUUCCCUAGUCGGCUUUCCGUCCGUAGGAAAGUCGACUUUCCUAUCCAAGGUGACCAAGACGAGGUCUGAAGUUGCUUCGUAUGCCUUCACAACCCUGACAGCUAUUCCCGGUGUGCUGGAGUAUGGUGGUGCUGAAAUCCAGCUGCUCGAUCUUCCCGGUAUCAUCGAGGGUGCUUCCGAAGGAAAGGGCCGGGGACGGCAAGUCAUCUCGGCGGCAAAAACCAGUGACUUGAUUCUGAUGGUCUUGGAUGCAACCAAACGUGCUGAGCAGCGAGCCCUGCUGGAGGCCGAACUGGAAGCUGUCGGUAUCCGACUAAACUGCGAGCCACCAAACAUCUACCUGAAGAUCAAAAAGGCCGGCGGCAUGAAAAUCACGUUCCAGUCGCCUCCUAAGAACCUGGACGAAAAGAUGCUGUACAACAUCCUCCGCGACUACAAGAUCCUCAACUGCGAAGUCCUGGUCCGUGACGAGGACGCAACCGUCGACGAAUUCAUCGACGUCAUCAUGAAGGACCACCGCAAAUACAUCAAGUGCCUCUACGUGUACAACAAGAUCGAUAGCGUCUCUCUCGACUUCCUUGACAAGCUUGCGCGAGAGCCCCAUACCGUUGUCAUGAGCUGCGAGCUCGACCUUGGCAUUCAGGACGUGGUAGAUAGGUGCUGGGAGGAGCUGAAGCUGAUCCGUAUCUACACGAAGCGAAAGGGUGUCGAGCCCAACUUUGGUGAGGCGCUGAUUGUGCGGAGCAACAGCACCGUCGAGGACGUGUGCGAUCGCAUUCACAGGACCCUCAAGGAUACCUUCAAGUAUGCGCUGGUCUGGGGAGCGAGUGCGAGGCACAUUCCUCAGAGAGUUGGUCUGGGACACCCGGUGGCGGAUGAAGAUGUUGUUUACAUUGUCAGUGGUUGGCGAGCAUAAUCGUGCUCUUUGUCUGGACAUGUCAGGCAGGAUGAUGCGUGAAAUAAAAGCAAAGGCAAUUUCAAAAUCAUCGAAGUCAGGUAUCAAAUGGAUAAAUUCAUAA